AUGUCCCAAAUCGACACUCUCCUCGACCAAAACAAAGAAUAUGUGCCCACCCAUCAAUCGCCCCCUCCAAUCACCGGCCCAGAGGGGGCGCGUGUUCCCAGUCCGCAGACUAUCAUCAUCACAUGCGCAGACCCCCGUGUCGUCCCAGAGCGCUUUUUGAGAUUGGAGAUGCCGAAUACGACAUCGCCGACGUACCCCGUCGUUCGGGUGAUUGGCGGCCGGGCGAAUCGAGCGACGGUUGAUAUCCUCGGUUUGGAGGCUUUGUUUGGAUUAGACCAUAUUAUGAUUAUCCAUCAUACUGACUGCGGAUUAAUGCACACAACCGACGAGGAAAUCCGGACCGGUCUGAAGCCGAAAUUCCCCGGUCAUCAGAACCUGGAGGGAAUGAAGUUUGGGGAGAUUAAAGAUCUCAAGCAAAGCGUGGUGGACGACAUGAACUUCCUACGAAGAUCACCACUCAUCCGCAAAGACAUUGACAUACGCGGCUUCAUCUACGGGAUUGAAGAUGGGACGCUGAACGAAGUGACCGCGUAAUCAUUUAGAGCUAGAAUAGGAUAACUACCAAAUAUACUUAUAUCUCAUCCGGC